GUCUGUCUCUCUGUUGACAAUAAUUACCCAGAAACAAAAAAAUAGUUAUCCAGAUCGGUGUUUCGAAGUCGUCAGGUCGCCUAGCGUAGUACAGCGUAGUAGCCGUGCGUUCGCUUAGUCUCGCGCGCGCGCGCGCGUGUGUGUGUGUGGCGGCGGCGGUGGCGGCGGCGGCGGCGGCGGCGGCGGCGGCGGCAUCAUCAAGUAAAAAUGGCGUCCGAUAACGAAGCCUCCUGCGUGAGUGACCCAAAUUUCGCGGUAAUUUGUUCGUUUCUCGAGUGCUUUGGCAAAAGCUGUGGCCUCGAAUACCCGGACAUCGCACGCCUACAGGAGAUGCUUGAGAAUUGCCAGGAAGUUUCACAAGAAUUAGUAGAUUUACAUGUGAAACUCCUGCGCAAAGCAAGAAAAAGUGUGGUCCCAGAAAAAUGGGAAAGAGCACUUAUCAAGUUCUGCCACACAUAUUCUAAUCAAGAUGGUUGGGAACUUGAACGGAUAGGAUAUAAGAAAGCUCUCAUAGCUAUUAAACUGCGUCUUCUGAAGGCUCUAUUAGAGGCUCAGUUUGACUUGAAUCAAAAAUUUAAAACUGAAGUAAAUAAGCUAUCAGCCACUGAGUUGCGAUUAGAACCUUUAGGACGUGACAAAUCAGGACUAAAUUACUGGUGUCAGCUAGAUGAAGAGUGUAAUAUUCGAGUUUAUCGAGAGGACUUGGAUGAAGAAAAUUGGGAAUUGAUUGCCAAAAAUCGAGAAGAAAUGGUUGCUUUGAUAAACAACCUAACAGAUGGUGAAGUGGGUGCUAUACCAGUUAGCGAAGACAGUAACAGUCUUGAAAUAUCAGAUAAACCAACUAUUGAUACAGGACAAGAAGAAACCAGUGCAUUGAACGGUGAUGCUUCAGAAUCUGAAAAGCUUGAGAAAAUUGUAAAAGAGGCUUCCACAAAACAGUUAGUUAACACAGUAGAAGAUAAUGAGGAAGGUGAUGAAGAUGAAGAGGAAGAUGAGGAUGAUGAUGAAGAAGGUGAAGAUGAUGAUGAGGAGGAAGAAGAGGAAGAACAGUAUCAAGAAAAAGGAUUUGUGAAAGAAAUAAACAGUAAGAUAGUUCAAAGUGACACAAAACCAUCAGGUGAAGAGUUAGAUAACAAGGUUAAAGCGAAAAUGGAAGUAAUUAACGAGGUGACAACGCCGAAAUUUGAACGAUCAGCUCCCGUUGUUGAAGGAUCUCUGAAAAAAGAAGAAAUAUUUGAACAAAAGAUCGAUAACGUAAAAAACGGAGUAACGAUAGACCCACCUAAGGCUAUUGAAACGCCUGUUAUUACAACUUCCCCCCUCAAACUCGUAAACAUCGCUGAUUUGAAACAAAUGCCAGACAAAAAACCAGAACUACCUGGUAUUCAUUUAGGUAAAGUACCAGUGAUAACGGACUCGCCGUAUUCAACGUUGAUGGAUGAGUCAAUUAUUGGUGGACAUACCAAGCUACCAAUCAAGCCCAUCGAUCAAUUAGCGGCAAAUCUUGUGCGUAUACAGACGGAAAAGCUAGAGAAACCAACAAGCAAGCUCGACAAAAUUGCUGAAAAUUUGGCUAAAAGUCACGCCAAUGUUCUACCUAAUGGUGAAGAACAACAAAUAAGUCACAGAGGCAUCGACUUGUCAACAUCACCUCGAGGAUGGGAAUCUGGCUCGAGUAGUAAUACUGCUAAAUCGGUUGAUUUCUUAGGUAUGGAUCUGUCUAGUCGAAAAGUGUCUAAGCCUCCGGCGGAACUACAUCCGUCUUACACGUAUCCCGAUUAUCAUCAGCAACAACACAGGGAAAUGGAUCUCAGCACAAAGAAGAGCACGAGCAAAAUGCAUUCGACUCUUCCUCCGUAUGAUCCAGCUUUCGAUGCGCGAACAGCGAUGUUGCGCAAUCACGUGUCAGCCGCAGACCUAAGCAAGCGUCAACUUCCAUACUCAGCGUACGAUCUACCGCCAGGUGCAGGAAUACCAUAUCAUUUGGCAACUCGCGAUACACAGCAACAGCAAAGGCUACCAAGUUACGCAAUGCUUCCUGAUCCAAGUAAACUAGCUACACUGAGAAUGUCAGGCACAUCGGUGAAACGAAUAAUGGAAUCCGAAGUUCUGCCGCCGGUUGACGCGUUAAAACGGAUGCGUAGUGCCAUAGAUCCAAGCAAACAGAGGCACGAUUGGCGACCUGAAGUCGGCGAAGCUAUCGAAGAGCCUGUUAUGAUGAUUCACGGUCAAGGAUCUGGUAGUGACUGUGAUGCGGGUAAUCCUAUUGUCGGUGAAGCUAUCGAGGAGCCGAUCAUGUAUAUCUACGGCGAAGGUUUGGGUCAAGAGUGCGACACUGGCAACCCUGCUGACGAAAACAAACAGGAGGCCGACAGCAGUGGCAAAGAAACACCCGAGGAAGCUUGCAGUAGUGCAGAGUUGAAAAGUCCAACGAAAUCUAAAUUUAAGCUUGGGGUACAAGUGUUUUUAUCAACGUCAACAACUCCUAAAAGAAGCUCUAGAUGGGAUGUUGGCGGGCCCAAGAAAGCUUCGUCAGACAUAUCAAAUAAGCCUGAGGAAACGACGACAUCGCCGCCUAAAUUUUUCUUUGGGCCAAACUGUGUGUCGUACAGUGCUUCAUCACGGCCCAAGGAAGAUAAGCAAGAAAGCAGCAGUAGCGGUAGCAUUGUUGAAAAAAUUGUUCCUACGCGUGUCAACGAUAACGAUGAGAAAAUGGAAUGCGACACAAGCGUUGAGCAGAUGGUCGAAGCGGAAACGAGUAACGAUGUCAAAAAAAAAGCCUUAUUAGACGUACAGAGUUGCGAUGAAGCUUCAUUAAACGCCGUCAACAAGUUUACAAGUAAGCUUUUUGAAGAAUUAGAAGGUGACGUUACGUCUAGCACUGAAGAGAAGCCUAGCGAGUCUUCUGAGAUGCCAGAAUCGACAUCGAAGUUUUAUAGUGAAACGGGUGAAGUUGAGGAAUCGAAAGAUAUCUCGGUAGCGGAUCAGAGCGAUAACGCAGUCACCGGAUCGACUGAUCAAAAAACGGACGACGUUGCCGAUCACUCACGAAGUGUGAUUGAUGAGGUUGUGAUUGAGUCACUUAUGCCCGACGAUGGCAUUGCUAAAUCUGGUGAUGAAUCGAUGACGGAGGAAUCCAAGUCUAGUACGGAGAAAGUCGAAGAGCCUAAUGAUAUUGAAAAUGAAUUAGCUGCUAUGGAUGAUGAUGAGAAGUCUGUUAAAGAGUUGAAAAAGAUAGAGUUGUCUGAAAAGUAUGAUAAAGACUACUUGGAACUUGAACUUUCAAAGUUGGAUGAAGGGAGAAAGAAUGACUCACCAGAUCUAGAAGCGACGUUGUCGAGUAUGGGUGAGGGUACUGAUAAACCUUCUAAUAGUUUGAGUACCGUUCUUACUGAAGAUGCUCCCAACGUAGAAAGUUCUACAAGCAGUGAACCUGAAGUUGCUAAUGAUGAUAAUGAAUUGUUAAAUGAAGUCUUCCAAAGUAAAGAGCCAGCAGACUCUACAACUAGUUUGUUGUCGACAUUGGAAAAGGAUGAUGAACCUACAGAAGGAAAGGGAUCUGAACCAGACACAAGUUUGGUAUCUAGUUUACAAGAUGAGAUUGAACAAAUACAAGAACAGAAAAUGGAAGAUAGUUCUACCAGCGAUGAACAACUGAAACCAAGUGAAUCCAAUAUUCCUAAACUGAAUUUGGAUGACAUUCUUCCAAUUAUGGAAACUUCUACACUCAGUCCAUCAAGUACUGUGGCAAGAGACUCUGAUUUAGCCUUGGAUGAUACUGUGAAAAUGGAUGAAACUUUUUCUCUAGAAAAUACCUCUAGAUUAGUUUCCAGGGAUUCUGAUUUUUUUACUCCAAAAACACCAAGACACUUUGCAUCAGUUUCUAAAAUGGACAGAAGUUUUUUAAAUCAAAGCACUUCGGAAUUUCAAGAACCCACAAGUAUUCUGGAAGAAAAAUCUGUAGAUGCUGAUAAUUUUAUUGCACCAGCAGCUGUGAAAGAUGAAGUAAGUUCAGAUUUACCACAACCAUCCUUACUAACGGAAGAAAAUUUAGCUGUAAAGCUAAGAGCCGAAAAUAUUAACAGCAAGAAAGCCGACGAUGACAAGUCAGAAGUAUCAAGUUUAAUCGUUGAGUGCUCUAGUGUACCAGAUGAUGAUGAUAGUUCGGUCGCUGAUAUAGUGACGGAACCAGAUUCACCUGCGGAUACAUCAAUGAUUGAAAAACUAUCUGGUGAUGACAAUACAGUUGAUGAUCUUGUUGAGAAUGAGCCAAAAGAAAAUGAUUUAGGGGUUGAUGAUGUAAAUCUUCCAGUGUAUGAAAAUUCGAUUGAAAAAUGUAAAAUUAAUGAUAUUAAAGAUGGAAUUAAAGAUCUUAUUGAAACAGUUGAUCCUGAUACUAGUAUAAAAGAUGAAAUUAAUGAGGAAACGUCUAGUGCUAUUGAUAAAAUCAAAAAAGAAACGUAUAGUAGUAUUGACGAGGACAUUCCGAAAGAUCAUACUGUAAAGUCAAGGGUAUUAGAAGAAGUAAAAAUGUCAGACAGUAAAAAUGACGCUGUUGCAUCAGAAUAUAAAUCGCUAGUAGCUAAUUAUGACAGUGAUUCAAAUGAUCUCGACACUCACAAAGCUUUCGACAGUAGUGAAAAAACGGAAAACAAAAAUAUUAUUAAGGAAGAGAAAGUAAACCUUAUUACUGCACAGACCGAAAAAAUAGAAACCCCAGAAACAGGUCUUACAGAGCACAAAAUUGAAAGUUUUGCAGAAGCAAUCGAUACACCAAACGUAGAAGACAAUCAAAUUUUAAAAAGAGAUGUACCCGAAAAAGUUUGUAAACCAGCAAUUGAAGCAGUUGAAGAGUCGAAAGUGGAAUUAUUCCCCAUCAAAGACGAAAGCAUAGUAAAGAAUAGUGAGACAGAAUGUAAAGUUAAUGAUGCGCAUGAAAAAAUUGAACCUGUAAAUACCUUGAAAUUCGAAAUGAAAGAAAAACUAAAGAACGACAUUCAUUUUCUCAAUCACCAAAGUAGUAGCUUGGAAAUUCUAGAUGAAAAGUUAGAUAUAAAUAAAUUAGUUAAGGACGACGUCCAGGAGAAAUCUUGUUUACAAAAUGAAAGGCUGAAUGAGCAAAAAGAAAAAUUAUUUUAUGAAGAAAAAUUCAAUACUACCGAAUACAACAUCAAAUACGAUAAAGAAAGUUCAAUACUCCAAGUAGCUAAAAAACGUAAAGAAGAAAUAAAUGAUCUUAACACAUUAUAUGAUAAUAAGCAUCAAAUCAAUGAAAUUUCGCCCAAGAAUAAAGUGAUACCUUCGUAUCAAAUGGAGAUGCCUAAUAAUUCUAUGAUACUCGAGAAUAAGUUUGACAGUUAUAAGUAUGAGAAAUAUGUGGACACAAACGAAUUAAAAAACGAGGCAAUAUUUUCUAAACAAGAAAAAUUUUCCACAGAAAUUGAUGAAAAUUGCAGGAAUGAAAACUCGAAUAUUGAAAUUGAAUUAAAAAAAGAUGUCAAAAGGAUAUUAUCUGCUGCUGAAUUAGACGAUUGUUCUCCUGUGAAAGUGAAUCCAUGUGAAAGCAGUGUAAUCCCGUCGAAAGCAUCAAGUAAAAUCUCGGAAGAGUUACCAAUGGAAACUGAGGAUAUUCUGGAAAAGGUGGCUAGCAAAGAAAUUAAAGAAAAAAUAGAGUCUGUAUUUAUUGAAAAAAUGGAAGAGCAAAAACCAAUUAUAGAAGGUGAUAAAACUGCAAAAAUGAAAGAGUUAAGUGUUAUUCAAGAGAAGAUUUUUGAAGAUACACUUGUCGAAAACGUAUCGUCGGAAGUUUCUACUGAUAAUGUUCUCGAGACAGAACCUGUAAAAGAAAUAUUUCCUGAAUCGGGGUCGAUAAAAGAAAUAUCUCUGAAGUCUGAGUCUAAUAAAGAGCCAAUUUUGGAACUGCAGGUAAUCGAAGGACAGAGUCCAGAAUCACAGCCUGUGAAAGUAAAAAUUUCUGAGCCGAAGACAAUUGUAGAAAAAAUGUCAGGAUCACAGCCAUUCGAAGAAAAGAAUCUUGAGCCGCAGACUAUUGAAAAAGUUCCAGAACCGCAGCCACAGCUUAUUGAAGAAAAGAUUCGUAAACCUCAGUCUGUUGAAGAAAAAAUUCUUGAACCAAUGGUAAUUGAAGAAAGGGUCCCAGGCCCACAGUCUAUAGAAGAACAAGUUUCAGAAGCACAAUCUAUUGAUGAAAAAAUUUCUGAACCACAAACAAUUGUAGGAAAGUUUUCAAAAUUUCAGUUCUUUGAAGAGAAAAUUUCUGAGCCGCAGAUAAUUGAAAGAGAGAUUCCAGAGCCACAUCUUAUUCAAGAAGGUGUAGAACCAGUGGUCGAAAAACUUCCAAAGCCAGGGUUGUUUGAAGUAAAGGAGUCCGAAACAUUGCUCCAAGAACUUCUGCCACCGGCUAAGUUAUUAGUUGAGGAGUCUGCAAUAAAAAUUGAGGAAGCAAAAAAGCCUCCAGUAACUGAAUUAAUGGAGCCUGAAUCACAUGAAGAGCAACCACAAUUUCCGGAUGAGCCUUCGGAAGCUCAAGAGAAAAUACAAACCGAACACAAGCAAGAAAGUAUUUUCGAACAAAAAGCUGAUGCUGAAGAAUCCGAUGUCUCAAUGGGCAUAGACAAUGAUGAAAGCAUGUUCGACGCUCCGCCUACGGACGAUCAUGAUCCACUAGCUGAUUCAGAAUCCGAUGAUGCUCCAGCGGCUUUCGUCCAUGUAAAAAGCGUUACCGAACUAGCUGGCAAAAACAACGAUGCAACGGAGACACCUGUUGAACGAGAGGUUCGGACAUCAAGAAAACGACGUAACAGUGGUCCGGCACAGGACUCCAAUUGCGAAGACAUGAGUGUAAUGAGAAUGCAAACGGACGAAGACGAGGUCGCAGGUGGUAAAAGAAUGAAACUUCGAGCAAAACGAUCACCGGAUAUCGAGCUGCGAAAAAGCGUAGAGAAAAGCAGACAAAUCAGUGUUAGCUCCGAAGACGACAGUAAAAAGGAAGCUAUAGUCACGGUUGACGAGGAAGCUCAAAAAAGUAAGGAAGGUGAAGAAGGUCAAGACAGAGAAAAGAAGAAAUCCUCAUCGACGAAAAAAACGAAAGGCCGUCCGAAAGGUCGUAAACGCAAGGGUGCUUUCGCUAAAAGAGCUACUACAAAAAAAGCCGACAAUGAUGAACCUGCGUCUAAAACAGAAAAGCUCUCAGAAGAAUCCACAACUGAAAAGAAAGACGAUGCCGAGCGCAAGGAAAAAAAGCAGCGCAAAAAGCGUAACAUGUUGCUGGGUCUUGAAAUUCCUGCUGAUGCCGUGGAAACAACUGAUAACGGUGAACCUCCAGUCAGAGCUUCGCGAAGGUUAGCUCAGUUGAGGAUCAAGAAGGAAGCUGAUAAAAGCAGGGAGGAUGAAGCACAGGCUGAUGAUAAAAAGCAUAAAAGAGAUAAGCAUCAUAAGCAUGAUGGUGAGAAAAAGAAAAGAAAGAAGCAACAACAAGAAAGUGAGGAAGAUGCUGCAAUGAUGAAAGAACUCGAAGGAAAAGCUAAGAAAAAGCACCGACGCAAGAAGAAGAAGCUCGCGGCAAAGUUUAACGAAUCUAAUCCAUGGAAGAGUUCAUCAGGUUCUUCAACAAGUGACGAAGAAGAUCAUGAAGACGAAAUUGAAAUUGAGAGCGAAAACGAUGAGCUCGUGUUCAAGAGUGAUCACGAAUUUUCUCCCGAGAGUGACCUUGAGAAAGAUGAUCAAGAAUCUGAGCCACUACGUCGUGCUAGAACAGCUCAAAAACCAAAAAGCGAUGAAGAGGAUGCAGAUGCUGAUGAAUAUGCCUGUCAGAAAUGUAACAAAGCUGAUCAUCCCGAGUGGAUACUUCUUUGCGACAGUUGUGAUAAAGGUUGGCAUUGCUCUUGUUUACGACCGGCCUUGAUGCUCAUUCCCGAAGGCGAUUGGUUCUGCCCGCCUUGUCAGCAUCAGAGUCUCGUUGUUAAACUUCAAGAGAGCUUAAAGAACUUCGACGUCUUGACGAAAAAGCACGAGAAUGAAAUACUAAGGAAGAAGAGGUUAGCGUACGUUGAUAUCAGCUUAGACAAUGUACUGCAAAAAGGCGAUGGUAACAGAAAACUGAGGGAAUCAAAAGUAUCCAGCGGUGAUGACGACGACGAAGACGACGACGAUGACGAUGAUGAUGAUGAUGAAGAUGAUGAUGAAUCGAGCGAGGAAGGUUCCAGUAGUGAGUCUAGUUCUGGCGAAACUAGUACAGACGAGAGCGAACCUGUGUAUCAGUUGAGGGAAAGAAGGUGUGCAACUACAUCAUAUAAAUUCAAUGAGUUUGACGAAAUGAUCAACGCUGCUAUUGGAGAUGAAGUCGAGGCUGUUAAGGGUGCUGGUAAUCAAGGUCGAGGUAAAGACAUCUCUACAAUCGUUAACGCUGAGAAGGAAGAAAAAGCUCUAGAAGCUAUGAAACAGUUGAAGGAAGACGAGGAUGCACUCGAAGAACCAAAAUCAGAGAAAGAAAGCGACGAAGAGUACAAAGUGGAAAAAGAAGAAGAAAACGAGGCUGAGGAAGAAGAAGAUGAAGGUCGCGCCGCUAAAAAUGCACAAAGACAAAAAUUGGCAGCUCGCAAGAAGCAUCGUAAACUAAAUAGUCUCGACGUCAGUAGCGAAGAAGACGAUCCAUAUAGCGAUGAAGACUUUAAAGGAUCAACAUCAGAGGAAGACGAGGAAGACCUCGACGAGCCUAUUAGCUCCGAAUACGACAGCGAUGACUCAAGCAGCAGAAGGCGUGGAAGACGUAGUUUCAGACCGAUAAGGAGGUCUACGAGAACUAGAAUGACACGCUACGACGAGGAAUUUAUCGACGAUGAUAGUGACGACAGCGAUCGACCAAAGCGAAAGAAGUCGCGACAAAGUUGGCGCGACGACGAAAGCGAAGAGGAGAGCGAGGAAAGCGACAACUCGUGGAGAGACAAAAAGAAAAGACGGAGAACAUCUUCUUCGCGUAAAACAACGACGAAAGUCAAGUCGAGCAGCAAAAAGAAGAAGAAGAGAAAACGUAUAAUUACUGCCGAUAGUGAAGAGGAAGACGAACAAGAGAUGCAGUUUGACGAAGUCGCUUCAUCCGAGAUGACUACUCAUGUAGAGUUGCCAGCCCCAGUUGAAGGACCAUUAACAAUACCGGUACCGCCAGCACAACAGCCUGAACCUGUGCCACAACUCAUCGCCGAGAUUCCAGAGCAAGUCUCGGAACGUCCAGACAUCGAGAUGUCGGUAGACGAGGCUGCACUUAUAGAACAGGAAAUUAAGUUGCAGGAAGUUGAGCCGUUGUCAGCUGCAGCGUUGAUUCCCGAGUACGUACCACCUGUUGUCGAGGAAGAUGAGAGAAAGAAAAAGAAGGAGGAGAAACCCAAGCAAAAAAAGAUACGGCGGAAAGUUAUUUAUGGCAGGAUCCCAGAUGAGAGCGAAAUGGCUCAAGAGGAAACGACCUUGGGCAGGCGAACACGUGGUCGCAAAAUCAGCUAUCUCGAUGCUAUGCCAUCUGACAGUGAUGAGGAGUUGAAGAAAGCAUUAAGAAAAACAGAAGAGACUGAAGACGAAUUCGUUGUUCAUGAACAUCAUGGUAUCGACGAUGGCGAUGAAAAAGAUUCUGAUUCUGGAGAUGUUUAUUCACCAAAACAGCAAUCGUUGCGAGCGAAAAACAAAUCACCGAAAAUGCGCCGAGGCAAAAAGAGUCCCGGUGGAAAAAGGAAAUCAUUAUCAGAUGACGGCACACCUAAGCAACGAAAAAAGCCAGGCCCAAAACCUGGCAGUAAAAAACGAGGCAGAUCCGGUGACGAUUUGUCUGGAAUAGAUCCUGGUCUCAUUAAUGACGCAGACAUGCUCUCUGGAAUGCAGGUUGAUGAUCCUCAAGGCAUGACUGGUGGUGCUGAUGGUUCAUUAGCCAGCCUCGGACCAUCGGAGUUAGAAGGUUUAGAUGAAGAUCAAAUUGAUCAAAUGAUGAUGGAAGAUGAAGAGUAUGGUAGGCGUCAGCUUGAACUCGCGGCCAUUGAAAUCGCGAAAAAGAAGAAAAAAGAAGAACGUGAGGCAAAGAAACUCGAAAAAGCACGUCAAAAGGCUCUCGAAAUUCUGGCUGCUGAACGUCAAGAGAACAUUGAAGGAGCAGACGGUGAAACGCCUAAGAAAAAGAAACGCGGUCGACGAAGCAAAGCUGAAAUUCUUGCAGAACAGAUGCGCAGGGAGUCAAUGGGCCAGGCACCAGAAAUUUUAUCGCCCGCGAUCCCUCAAGGCCCGCCUCCUCCAGUAGUACCUUCUCCUACAGACAUUAUCGCAGCCACGGCGGCAGUUGUGCCAUCAAUGCCAUCGCAUUUACCUUCGGUAAUGGAUCAGCCCAUGUGCGAUCAAAGAAUGAUGGAAAAUCCUAUGAUGGCGAUGAUGCCAGGAAUGAGAGAGAUGAUGGAAAAUCAGUCAAUGUUCAAUCCAGACGGCGCCAUGAAGCCUAAGCGUCGCGGUCGUGGCAAAGGCAAAAAAACGCUUGCGAUGGAAGCUGCUCGAGCAGCCGAGGCUGCAGCAAAAGCAGCCGCUGAAGGUGGUAUUCUUGGUUUGUCAACGGAGACAAAUGCAGAGCUGGCUAAAUUGGAGGAAAUGCAAACCGGUGUUAUGCCAACACCAGGUAGCAGUAAUUCCGGCUCGGCACCGUCGACGCCACCAGCAAACGUGCCAGCUUCAAGUCAGCCAUCGAAUCCUCAGGCUGUGUAUCCAUCAUUGCCACCUCAGGGCCCACCGCAAUCUUCAGUUAUUACAAGAAUGCUGCAAUCACAGCCUGUUGGAAGUCCUGUUGGAAGUCCUCAAUCAUUUACUGCUGCGGCUGCUGCUAUGGGACAUAAAUACUUUGGUGGACCUAAUGCUGCUGGUCAAAUGAUGGUUGGACCUAGGCCUGGCUAUGAUAUGCAAAGUAGAGUUCCAGGACGAAUCCCAUCACCUUACCGCCAGCCAGGACAGCAAGCUUUACCACCACACUUUGCAGCGAUGCGGGCUGGCACACCACCAGGCAUGCGAUUGCGAGUACCUGCGCCACAAAUGUAUCACACGCCACAUCAUCCAAUGGAUCCGUCGCCAUCGGGUGGCGGUCCCAUCUCGAUAAACAAUCGUGGUGACCGUAGCUCGCCUCUGACUGGGCCACCUCAAAUGAUUCCACCCUCUGCUGGCAGUCCAUUGGCCAAAGGUGGGCCAACACCACCACCUCCGUACGUUCGUGGCGUUCCAGCUCGAUUUGCCGAUACACAGAUAGCUGCUGGCGCAAGGCAUCCACUGCCACCGUUUACCAAUACUUCGGUCAAUAGUCACACCUUGCAGCAGCCAUCGCCUCCUUCAAGUCGCAGUAAUUUCUCGCCGUAUCAUCCGCCACCUCCCAGCUAUCAUUACGGAGCAUAUCCGCCACCUCCUCCGAUGUCUACGGCUGACGACGCUGCCGCUUACCAAAGCUCGCCGUAUGCUAGCUCGGCUGAACAACACUACUCGUCUCCGCAGUCGGACUCUCAACCGCCACCUCCACAAGCUCCACCACAGCAACAAGCACCACCCGCGCGACAGGCAGCUUCGCAAGGUCCAUCAGCUCCAAGUCAAGGACCGCCUCAGCAACAAGGUCCAACUGGACCGCCGCAGGUUGCUCAUCCUCACGGACCAUCUGCACAUCAUCCGGGACACCCGUACAAACAUACUGAUGAAGAGGGAAGUGGCGAAUUUGGUGGUCUUGUGUCCUACUUCAGUAGUCAACGUGAGGACGAUCUCGAGUCGUAGCAUGAGUCGGGCCUUGGUCAGGUGCGACGAUAAAUGAGUGACAUUUAGAGGUAGACUGUCGAACGAUGAUGCGAAUACUUCGGUUAUACACUCAUACACGCACGCGCGCGAGCGCACACGUGCGCGCACUCGCAUAUAAACCUAUAUAUACUUUUAACGACGACGAACACGUAUUGUGCUAUAUUUUCAAUGUUUCUUUUUUUUAACGGAAUGACUUUCUCGUCUGAUCAUCUACGUGACUGAUAAUCACUGGUAUCUGUCAAUCUCACGAGACUUACCUACCCGAAUUCUAAGCAGCUACGGUUUUGUCCUAAAUUUCGGUGAUGCGUGUGCGUGCGUGCUUUUUCCUUAAACACGUGAUCAAAGAAAUCUAUUUCUUUUUUUACCAGAUCGCGAGCCGAUUGAUAGGGCGAGAACCGAAUAGAGGAAUUUCUUUGAACAAGUUAUGAAUUGUUGUUUUAACGAAUGGAAGGAAGUUGCAAACAGAUCUGAGAAGGUUCUCCGAACUUUUGUUGCUUUUCUUUCUUUCAUUCGUGUACAAUCGGAUGAUGACGUGUGUAAAUGGAAAUAGUGUAUAUUUUUUUAAUUGGCAAAAAAAAGGAUAAUAAGUAAAAAUGUGAGAAACUGAGCAGCCCGAAUUAAGAAAUUGCUUCCAAAGCUGUUGCCUAGUAAUGUCCUCAACCAGUCAACAUGAUUGCUUCAUAACGGGCGCGUGCUACGUUGUAGGAAGCAGAAAAAAUUGAAGAAAUUCUUCGCGAAAGCGAUGUUGAUUUUUAUUUUCUCUUUUUUCUCUUCUUAAGCGCUUGUAUAUAUGUAAAUACGAUGGUAAAUCUUUUAGGUAAUCUAAUAUGUAUAUGUAUUGUAUACAUACAGUCAAGCUGAAUAAAAAAAGGUAUUUGUUAAGGAAACAAACAAAAUUAACAACGCGUCAUAGUGCAACGGGCACAAAUGUAAUAUUUAAAUGGUAAAAACGGUGGUUUUUAGUGAAUGAAAAUAAAUGGAUUGAUCACGCGAGAGUGUCAUGGCUACAAUAGUGUUAAAUAAAGACGAUGAUAAUUAUUAAUAUAAACUAACAGUUAAGAAUUAACAGGAAAAAUGGUGUGAAGACUACUACUAUAUGAUAAAUAUUUAUAACGAAACAAAAAACGUGAAGAAUUCAGAAUUUAUAAUAGCCAAUAGUAUAUUGUAUUUUACAAAUUUUACUUGAAUAUGCUACGAAGAAGAACGUAAACGACUUACAAGGAUGAAAAAUACAAUUAAAUAUUAAGGUUAUAAAACACACACGCACGUACACAUACCCAUACAUACACACACACACACACACGCGCGCGCGCGCACACGCACACGCACACGCACACUGGAUCAUAGAGAAAACAGAUUAUGUAUGAUUAUUAUAUAUAAAAAAAGUGAGUCGAAGAGCACGAGGCUGCUCGAUGUGCAAUAUGUGCCGCUUGUAUCGAAUUGUCUUUUUGUUAACGACUAAUCAAAAUAUGAUAAGAUUAGUAAUUCGGGUAUGAGAGUAAUAUUUCAAUGUAAAGUAUUUAUAUACUACUUUUUUAUUCAUCAGAUUGAACAUUAUUUAAGUUGUGUUGGUGCUAAACAGUUUUUAAUAGAAUUUUUGUUUAAUUGAAUCUAUAAAAGUCGAAUAUGUCAACUCAAAGUAAAUUAUUCGACUUUUAUACAAUUUUAAAAUUUAUUCAAAUGCAAUUUUCUUUUUAUUAAGCUUCAUUCUGAUGAAUAAGUGCGUUUGUUCAUUACAAUACAUUAAAUAUGCAUUUUUCAUAUUAAAUAAUUUUCCGGCGAACGAGAAAAAAUAUAAAACAAUAAAUCAAAUAGAUUAGGAUUGAUAAAUAAAAAGUCGUUAAUAAGAAUCAUUUAUAAAAAUAAAGAAAAAAGUUAUAUAAUAAAUGCAAAAAAGGAAAACGUGCAUGGCUCUCUCCUGAUCUUCGACUGCCUGUGAAACGUUUUUUGUCGAAUGGAAAUCAUGUGUGUUGCGCCACAGAAGAUUAUAUAAUAAUUAUUAAAUAAUUGAAAAAAUCAUGUCUGGUUUAGUUAUUUCAUGCGAGAUGUGUGUGUGUGUAUAUAUAUAUAUAUAUAUAUAUAUAGGAUAAAUAAAAAAGAUAUUACAAUUAUUAUAGGAUUAGCACUGCUUGGUAUCUAAUUUUCCCGUUCUUUCGAGUGGUGAAAGGAUGGAGGAACAAAGGAAAAAGAUUAUUAAAAAAUAUAUAUAUAAGAAAGAGUUGCGUGUGAGCAAAGGGAGAAAAAUGAAGAAAGAUAUAUGAUUUAUUAGAGCUAAUUUAAUAAUUUUCACUGCAAUUCUCGAGCGUAUACGUCAGUUCUGAUGUAUAUAAUCUAUUUCUUAUUUUUUCUCUCAUCACGAAAUCGACAAUUUCUUGGGUUCUUGAGAGUGGCGCCUUGAGAAAAUCUUUAUUCUGCAAGCGAGCUUCAUUCCGAGUUUUAUCUUUCCGUUAUUGAAAAAAUGGUGUUACAAAUGAAAAGCUCGCCUUUAUUACUUUUCGGGAAGAUGCUCGCUCAAUUAACGGCGACUUUUCAUACAUUUGUAUAACAUGCAUUGAAGCGGUGUUGUUUUUGCGAAUGCUCGAGGAAACAGUUUUUAGCACAAUGAUUGUUUGCUUUUAAACUAUCGCUUUUAAUUGACGUUUUUCGUUUUUUUCCAAUCUUAUUGCAAGUGACGAAUUCCACGCAAUAGAAAGUAAAUCGUGGUGCAGUUCAGCUUUCCAUUUCUCUUUCUUUUCUGUUCGUUUCGGUAAAGGUCUAGACCAAACGCAAUUAUUAUAUUACAUGUUGUAGC